AUGGUGUGCUUCAACACCCAUUACCGGCGCGCUCGUCUGCUGCUCCUGCUGCUGCUGCUCUCUCUGGUCGCAACCGAUACUGCCUCAGCCUCCAAAUUAGUCAAGCUUAAGUCACGUCAGGAUUCAGCCACUGAGAGCAGCAGUGCCCCGGACUGGAUUCCUUGGGACUCUAACACUGAAAUAUCCGACACUGGAGACUUUAAUACAGAUGAUGACUACUCUGAAAGUUUGACCACAGAAGGAUCUGACACUGAGAAUUGGUAUGCUUCAAAUGAUUCUGUGGCUCCAGACCCAUCGUCCUGCGCAUACCCUCAAGAGGCGCUGGGGUCAACCUCGGGCGUGAUCCGCGUGGGGUCAACUACCGAGACCUACUUGGACAACCAGGACUGUGAGUGGUGGCUCCAGGCACCUCGUGGCACCGUGUUCCACAUCACCUGGCUCUCCUUUGACCUGGAAGACGAUGAUGAGUGCUCCAGGGACUAUGUUCAGAUACAGGACGUCUCCACAACUGGUCAGAUCUUAGCAACUUGGAGGAACUGUGGGGCGAGGCUGCCAGGAGGCUUCAGUACCAUCGGCUCACAGGUGGUGGUGAGGUUCCACAGUGAUGGCUCUGGCGUCAGGCCAGGCUUCACUCUCUCCUACACCGUUAUUCGGGCGCCCAUUGAGAUAGAUGGACUCUCUGGCAUCUUCAGCGCGGGAUCGACCAGCUCCUACUACCAGAACAACCAGAGAUGUGAGUGGCAACUCGUGGCACCCCCUGGCACUGUUCUCCGCAUCACCUGGCUCUCCUUUGAUUUGGAAGCCCAAGCAGAGUGCCAGUACGAUUACGUUGAGAUACGAGAAUCUUCCUCAGACGCUGCUGAUGUCGGUAACUGUUGUCAGAAUAUCAUUCGGAGGUAUUGUGGGACGAGGCUGCCAGGAGGCUUCAGCACCUAUAGCCGCCGGGUGAUUGUGAGGUUCAUCAGUGAUUCCUCCGUGGUCAGGCCAGGCUUCACGCUCUCAUACACCUUUACUCCGGUCAACGGUAAGGAUACAAAGUCUUGCAUUGUACCCAAGACGGUUUGA